AUGGCCACUCACCUGGAGCUGCCCGCUGGUGGGAGGAUGCCCAUCCUGGGACUGGGCACCUGGCAGUCUCUGCAGGGGGCAGCCAGGGAGGCAGUGAAGUUUGCCAUCGACGUUGGGUACCGACACCUGGACUGUGCCCACCUGUACCAGAACGAGAGCGAGGUCGGGGCCGCGCUGCGGCAGAAAAUGGAGCAGGGCGUGGUGAGGAGAGAAGAGCUCUUUGUGGUCAGCAAGCUGUGGUCCACCUUCCACGAGAGAUCCCUGGUGAAGGAGGCGUGCCAGAAAACACUUGCUGCCCUCCAGCUGGAUUAUUUGGAUCUGUACCUGAUGCACUGCCCCAUGGGAUUCAAGGCAGGAGAGGAGCUAUUUCCUGCAGAUGCAAACGGCAUGAUCAUUCCCAGCGACACAGAUUUUCUGGAUACGUGGGAGGCUAUGGAAGAGCUCGUGGAUGUGGGAAUGGUGAAGGCUAUUGGAGUCUCCAACUUCAACCACAAACAGAUCAAUCAGCUCCUGGGCAAACCAGGCUUAAGACACAAACCUGCAAACAAUCAGAUUGAGAGCCACCCUUAUCUUCCUCAGGAAGAGCUGAUUAAAUUUUGCCAAUCCAAAGGGAUCUCUGUCACUGCAUAUUGUCCCCUUGGAGCACCCAACUGGCCAGGGUCCAAACCUGACCAUAUUUCCCUUCUUGAUGAUCCUCAAAUUAAGGAAAUUGCACUCAAGCACAACAAAACCCCAGCUCAGGUGCUGAUCCGGCUCCAAAUCCAAAGAAAUGUGAGUGUGAUUCCCAAAUCUGUCACUCCACAGCGUAUUGAAGAAAAUUUUAAGGUGUUUGACUUUGAGCUGACUGGAGAGGAGAUGGAGACCCUCCUUGGUUUCAAGAAGCGCUAUCGCAUCUGUGCAUUAAGCCAGUGAGUACCUCCUCCUCCUCCUCCUGCAGGCUUCAGAAGGGUUGGGUUUCCACUGGAUAGCUUGGAUUACCACUGGGUAUUCUCUUAACAGGCACUAUUUAAUAGCCCCUUAAAAAGAGAAGGAGCCUCAGCCAACAUCUGGUCACAUCUGCUGGAAUUUCACCCUGGGGUUUAUCAGAGCCCAUCCUGUCCAGGUUGGGAACGCUGGGAUUUCUGCAGGCACAAGGUUCCUAAGAUGUCCUGUUCUGGAUGCAUACCAAACUGCUGUCUGAAAAUCAAAAUCAGCUGGAAAUUCCAAAAAUAAAUAAGCAGCCAUUUCCCCCCAGCGUUUUCUUUGGCUCCUUUACAUAAGGGACACUCAGAGUAAAUAAACUCCAUUUUAAGAAUGAGAGUUGUAGGGUUUUUUUGAAGGUAAGAGCUGUGCCUAUGUACUCCUGCCAGUGUUAUCUAGAUAACAGAAUGGUUACAGACUCACCAAGAUCUGCAUUUUAUUCUGUUUUUCCCAGGUUACCCACUUGUCUAACAGCACUCUGGGGGCUUGGGAAUUCCCAGGAGAGAGGUUUAAUAUCUCAGGGAACUUUGGCAAUUUCAUCUGAGCAUAAGAUACAUUGUCCUUUGAGAAGGAGGUCACUGAUACAUGUGAAAGUUACAGAGAAUUCACUUUCCCUGCCCUGGAUACACUAAGCAGAUAUGUGCUUUUAAUGUUGUUCAGUUUCAGUUCUUUUACCAGGGAAAAAAAAAAAAAAAAAGCUUUUCCUCUAAGCUAUAUCCUUAAAAUGUUUUAAUCAUGCUCUCUUUUUCUAGAUGCAAAAAUCACAAGGACUAUCCUUUUUUAGAAGACUGACAUAGCCAUCAGCUUCAGAGCCUCUGGGGGAUCCAGACCAUUUAUUGUUAUUCCAAGCAAUUUGCAAUACUUUGUGUAUUAAUUAAUAGAUAAAAGGGGAAUAUGUAUUAAAAAAUGGGAGAAGGUAACUCACAGAUAUUCUCAAGAGUCAUCUUUGAACAUGGAAACAUUUGCUUCCUUAGUAUCAACCAGUUGCAUCACUCCUUUAUCUGCUCUUGUAACACAAUUUUCAGUUGCAGCAAAAUCUAUAUUCUCUCUUAGUUUAGUAAUGAUAAUGAAGUUUAAUAAAGCCAUAGAUUUGUAUUAGGGAAAAGCAUUUUUUCUCAUAAUUAUAAAUCCUGACUAAUUUUAGAGAAAAUUAUAAUUCUCUAAUUAGUUAUACUUUUGGACAAAGGGUCAAUACAUUUACUAUGUUUUAAUUAUCAGUACAAGACAGUCCAUUUAACAUCAGAAGAUCUCAAUGACAUGACAGGCUGCUUGAGAUGCUAAAUUCAGUAAUUUCAGUGUAACAGACUGAAAGCUCUUUAGAGGACACUGCUGAAUUAUGAGUCAGGAGCUCUUUUCUUAAUGAUGUUUCCUAUUUAUGAACUGCUAAAAGCUAAUAAACUACUAAGAGAUUUGGAUGUUUGGUUUAUAGUAUCUGCAAGAGUAUAUAAAAACUGCCUUUAUCAGUAGAAUGGCUGCAGUUGAGACUGAAAAUCUAGAAAAUCCAAAAUCUGAUAAAAGAGACACACAGGAAUUAUUUUGUUUGGCAACUGUCAUAUUUAGCAAGCAGAAAAGCUGGGCAGCUUCACAGCAGCCAACAGCAGAUUUUCACUCUCCUGUACUGUUCCCUAGGUACUGUUUGCUUGUGUUUUGACUCAAAGGAUGUCUCUGGAUGCUGUUGUCUCUGGUUAAAAAAAUAAAAAAGGCAGUGCUGCUGCAGCCCAUGCUGGUGUUUUAAUGAGGUGUCUGUUAAUUAAGACUUGCUCUUUAACAAUUGACUCAAAACUCUUGUGCUUGCUUUAGGCUCCUGCAGAUCAGGAUAAGAGCAAUGUGGCUCUGCAUUGCAUGCAGAGAGAGGGACAAUGUGGAAUUAAGGUUCAGGACUAGGAUACACACUUUAUGGCUAUCCUUUUCCAACUGACUUUCUUUGUAGUUAAUAAAGGAAACUAUGACAUUAUCUUUGAGCUACUUCAGGCUUUUCCAAGAUGUUGGAAUAACAGGUACUCUAGAAACAACAGGGCAAACUCCCAUCAAACUGGAUUUCUCACAGGGACUCUUCUAAAGAAAGAGAUCUGAAAAAUCUACCAGGAAUUACCACUGAACAAUUAUCUGCAGUGAUAUGGACAGGAGGGUGCCUGUAAUGGGCAUUCUCUUUUUUUCUCCUCCUGCACAUGCUACAUUUACAAGGCCAGUUGCAGGAUAUCAUCCUAGAU